UGUGUGUGCGGACGCUUGUGUGUAUCUGUGUGUCUCCGCACCGGCGAGCGAGCCAUUCAAACUGUGAUCCAGGCACCGAGACCAGCCUGCUGGUCACUCAUCUUUCUUAACUGUCACAAGAUUUCCAAGGUGCCUAACAGCUAGCCAGUACAAGUGAUUGUGUGACCCUCAAGAGCAGCCAAGAUGACUUGGAGCCUCUUCAAGAAGAAGCCCCAGCCGGAGCCCAUCAUAGCUGUUACCCCGGGCACUGUGGCACCCCAUAUCACUACCACAACAGUGGCACCAGCAGUGUCAAUGGACAACACGACACAGCCUUCAGGCCCAGUAGAGAGCCAGGAGGAUGUCUUUGCCAAGAUUAAAGAAAAGUUCAUGAACGAGAUAAACAAAAUUCCCUUGCCGCCUUGGGCCCUGAUUGCCAUUGCUGUAGUUGCUGGGCUGCUGAUCCUCACCUGUUGCUUUUGCAUCUGCAAGAAAUGCUGCUGCAAGAAGAAGAAGAACAAGAAGGACAAAAAAGGGAUGAAAAACGCAAUGAACAUGAAAGACAUGAAAGGCCAGAUACAACAGGAUGACGAUGAUGAUGAUGAAGAAGAAGGGGAAGGGGAGGGGGAACAGGAAGAGGAGAAGGAACCGGAGAACCUGGGCAAGCUGCAGUUCUCCCUAGACUAUGACUUCCAGGCUAACCAGCUCACAGUAGGGAUCCUCCAAGCAGCUGAGCUCCCAGCACUGGACAUGGGUGGCACAUCUGACCCUUACGUCAAAGUCUUCCUGCUUCCUGACAAGAAGAAGAAGUUUGAGACCAAAGUGCAAAAGAAGACCCUUAAUCCAACCUACAAUGAGACCUUUGUCUUCAAGAUUCCAUAUCAGGAGCUGGGUGGCAAGACGUUGGUGAUGGCUAUCUAUGACUUUGACCGUUUCUCCAAACAUGACAUCAUUGGAGAAGUCAAGGUGCCCAUGAACACGGUGGACCUGGGGCAGCCCAUUGAAGAAUGGAGGGAUCUGGAGAGUGCAGAAAAAGAGGAGCCAGAGAAACUGGGAGACAUCUGUAUCUCAUUACGAUAUGUGCCCACUGCCGGGAAACUCACUGUCUGCAUCCUGGAGGCCAAGAACUUGAAAAAGAUGGAUGUCGGAGGACUUUCAGAUCCCUAUGUGAAGAUCCACCUGCUGCAGAAUGGCAAGAGGCUCAAGAAGAAGAAGACCACGGUCAAGAAGAAGACUCUGAACCCCUAUUUCAACGAGUCGUUCAGCUUUGAAAUUCCCUUUGAGCAGAUACAGAAAGUGCAAGUUGUGAUUACUGUGCUGGAUUAUGACAAGCUGGGGAAGAACGAAGCCAUUGGCAAAGUAUUUGUCGGCAACAAAUCCACUGGCACGGAGCUAAGGCACUGGUCUGACAUGCUGGCCAACCCACGCCGUCCCAUUGCCCAGUGGCAUUCCCUGAAGCCUGAAGAGGAGGUGGAUGCAGCUCUUGGGAAAAACAAAUAGGCAGCUCCAUACCCCAGCAUCACCUUCUGAACAUUCAAAGUGAUCCAGAGCUAUCAAUACCUCAGUUAGGCAACGUUUGGUUUCUGUUCCGUUCUGUUUUCUAAUCUGCAAUACCCUUCUUUGAUGGCUGUAGAGGGAUUCUGGAUGAACUCGAGAGCAUCCAGAGGGAGGAAGGUUUAAAGGCACAGCUGUUCCUUUCGCAUUCUUCAAAGUAGUUUUGUCUGCUGCAUGUUCCAUCGUCUCUGUGUCGUUCUCGUCGAGCGCAAAGCAAGCUUCGUUCUUGGGUUUCUCCCCAAGGCCACCAUGAAUAGCAGCACAAAGCAAGCUUUGCUUUUACUCGCUUUGGGAUCUUCUUCCUUAAAUUGGACCUUUGAAUACCGUGCUUGGAUGAUACCAGAGCCUGACAAUGUGAGUUGACCAGAUACACUGUGCUUGCUUUGGAAGACAGCAAGGUGCACAAAGUGGUGCUCUUGGGAACCAUAUGAGCAUCCUCACACUUCGAGAUUGGUGGCCUUCAGCCAUUGGCCACCUAGCAGAGAGGACAAGGAGCAACUCUGGCACUGGAACAUCCCUGAUCAUGUGGAUAGCUGGUGGCUUAAGUCUCUUUGGUGAGGGGAGUGUGGUUUUGAGCAUACAAAUUACCUAAUGCUAAUAGCCCUGUAUUAUCUAGGUAAUGCAGUCGGUCUUCUGCUCCCUUAUAGUUUUCAGUUCUUGAGUAGAACAGUGGAGUGGUACUAGGAGAUUUUUGGAGUGCAAUAACUACACUUGCGAGUUGCCACUCUCUUGUCUUAAGUGCAGGGCAGAGCAUAAAACACACUUUGUUUUUGAAGGACAGCACCAUGGGAUAUUUAUGCUAGUAGCAUUACCAUGUGGAAAUUAGAAGGCCCAGCCCUGCAGGUAAGUCAACUUCUAGAUAGCGGUGUUAAACUGGGUGCAUAGUGGAAAACUGUAGCAAGAACCUCAAUGCAGCUUUGAGACCUGAAGAAAACGGCAGCCCUGGGUUGGUUUGCAUACAGUUCUUGUCCUGCCUUGCACUGCCAUCUCUCUUUUGUGGACACAGCAACCUAAAUCUGAAGAGAUGUAGAUAUAUUUAGCAGGAAGGUUAAUUUGCGUCCAUAUGUCAGUGGUAAGACACGUGCAUUGUAUGCAAAAAGAUUCCAGGUUCCAUCCGUUGUGCCCUCAAGUAUCACUGGGAAUGUCCUCUGUCUGGACAGCCGCUGCCCAUCCGAGUAGAGAGCACUGGGAUAGGUGGCCUGACUCAGUAUAAGACAGUUUCCUACAUUCCUAACAUCUUAAGGAUUUUUUCAGCCAAAGGUGUAUGGGAAGUACCUGUGUUUUUUCUAAUGCUCUGAUGAUCUGCUAGAUGGGAAGAGCAGGUAGGACAAACGGAUUUGGCCAAAGGCCUACAGAAUGCUGUAUUGAUCUUAGAUUAAUUUAUCUAAUUUCUCAAUUAUGAGAGUUGAAGAAGCUUUCGGCUGGGAGCCUUCUCCUCCCCCCCCCCCGGCACGUCACUCUUGGCUAAUAGAGAGAGCAUUGUGCAUGUUCGAGUUUAGAGGGAAAGCGAAUCCAUUCCAACCUAAGGACCAAAGAUGCACCAAAGGCUGCAGCACCUCCUGUUCUAUAUAGUAUUGUCCUGCUGCCAAAAACAUUUAUGGUUUCUUUGCUGAUCCCAGAGGGAUAAGCCAUAUUAUCUUUGCUACCUAGUGUUUGCACUGAUCCCUGAAGGGCCUGCCCGUUUCAUUUUUUGCACCGGAUAUCAAUGUCUUGGAUGUAUUGACUCCCUGUUCAGGUUGUUGGAGCAGGAAGGAUGUAGACACUGGCACCGCUCCCAGGCCACUGUUUUACUGAAGGACCAUCAGUCCCGCUCAGUUCAAGCUCACCAUCUAAAGAAUACAGCAGUGAAUGCAGGCCUGAUGCUUUUAUGUUUGGCUUGGUUGUGUUCCAUUUAGUCACCAUGGUGCUCCUCGGACCUUUUGGUGCUGAUAGGGGGGAAACAGAUUCUAGCCAUGACGAUGGUUGAGCAUGGCUCAGGCUUUAUUCAAGUUGCAGAUUCAGGGAGCAAAAGGCCUCAAAAAACUGUCCUGUGAGGGCAAAAUAUUUAGCCAAGGAAGAUCUCUUGUGCAAGCUUCUUCAUUGGCUUAGCUUGGACCAGAUCAGUCCUGCUUACCACGAUCAUUUUAAUAUUUUGGCUGCACGGCCAAAUAGUGACUUAUACUUUUGUGUUUGUAGGAAUAGACAGAGAGAGAGAGAGAGAGAGAGAGCACUGGUGGAGUUCCGAGUAUGCAGAAUAAGGCAGUCCCUGUGCUUCAGCAGCCUCUGCGGCAAUAAUGUCUCCCUUCCUAUUCUGGCCACCGAGGCAAGACUUAAGUACCAAUAUUGGCUUUAAGGUUCUCAGCUGCCUGUCAGCCUUUGCCACCUGUAAGGAAUUCUCAGCUUGAAAGAACAGCUUGGCUAAUGCAGACAAGGCAUAGGGUUCUAGGGUGUUGUAUGCUGACCUCCCAUGGGUUGUAGGUUUCUUUGAACUCUUCCUUUCUCAGCUAGCUAGGAUUAGGCCUCAGGUCUAGCUGGGCAGCAGUAACCGCCUCUCUGUUUUGUGCCAUUCCAGCCCGCUGAUGAGAACUCAAUGUUCCUCCAUAUAGAAAAACGAAACAAGAAUCCUGCCGUGUAGAAAACUAGCAUGACAGAAGGCAUCCCCUUUCCUGCAUAGAAUAGGUUUGUUGGUUUGUUUGUACGGAGGAGCAUUCCAUUGUGUGAGCUUCCCCUUUCAAUCUCAUAUGGUACAGCCCAGAAACUAGGCCUUAGAAAUAGGUUGUUCCUGCCCAAAUGGACCAUUGCAAGCAGAGUAGUCCCAGGAUCAUUCAUGUCCAGACAGAGCUAAACCACUUUGGUCCUAGGGAUGAGCCUUGGCUCUGCUCCUUUUUCCUUCCUCACCAACUUUACUACAGAGAUGGAAAGGGAAAGCCAUCACCAGCUGCUUAAAAAUGCUCUAGAAAUGUGAAAAAAGAAGUGGGAGGGAUUCUUUAAAGGUCUUCAGCAUGCUUCCCUGCAAGUUUCCUUCUUGGAUUAAUCAAACCUAAAAAGCUGCAAUUGCAGCCCUGUUCACUCUGCACAUUGCUACCAUGGUAUCACCGCCUGUGGGUUGUGCUCCUAGCCCCAUGAAGUGAGACCUGGGUUUAUUUAUUAAUCAGACCUGCAGGACCAUAUGCAAUAGUGCCUAUGCUUAAUCA